AUGAAUAAAACUACAAUUGAAUCUUGGUCUACUGAAUUAUGGACGACAUUAUUUAAAUAUUUCGAUGUUUUGGAAUUAUAUAAUCAAUUUAAUGGACUUAAUUCAAGAAUUGAUCAUAUUAUUCAAUUGACAAAUAAUCUCUGUUUAAAAGUAGAUAAAACCAAUUAUAUUCAAUAUCUCGAAAAUAUUAUGCCAUGGAUACGUUGUGAAAAUGUUCAAUCUUUAACAUUUUCGGAUGACUCGAAAAAAUAUCCUGAAACAGAAUUNUUGAAGAUUCUAAUCAACGUCCUUUGGAAAAAUACAAACAGGAAUAUCGAGGACGGAAUUAUCCGUCCAAAUAUAAUUAAAGAAACAUCUCAAAUUAAUUUCACUAAUGAUGAAUAUGAUUUGCUACAAUUAGGACCACAAUUUAUAUAUGAUAAUCCUCAAACAGCAGCUCGACGACGCACAGUUGAACUAACCACUUUAAGAAGAAAACUUGAAAAUCGUUUCUUCGAAAGAAAAGUACAUCCUGGUCGUUCAGUUGAUGAUUUUAUUAAUAAACUAGAUGGAUUACUUCAAGAUUUACAUAAUGGUGCAAAUCAUAUUCAACAUUAUCAAACUGUUAAUAAAAAUACGAAAAAUUAUCGUCGAACAUUAAAACGAUUAAAAUUUAAAAUAAAAUUAACAAAUACAGUCAUUAGAAAAACAGACAAAUCCAAAGUUUUCCAUUUGGGACAAAAAGAAGACUAUGAACAAAAAUCUACAGAAUAUAUGAACAGAACCAAAGCAUAUCAAUGCCUCGGUUCAAUUGACCCUUUACCUGAUCUUGUUCAAGGAACAAAUAAAUAUUUAUUCGAUCUUCGAUUAGCCAAAUGGAUUACUCAAAAACAGUACGAGGAAUUGUGUGUUAGAACAGAUGAAGUUGAACUAGCUCAUCUGUAUUAUCUACCAAAAACACAUAAACCUGGUACACCAUUACGUCCAAUUAUUUCAGGUCUUAAACAUCCAACAUUGAAGAUAUCCAAGUUUCUCGAUAGUUUAUUACGACCAUUAUUUGAUCAAAUGGCUUCAAUGACUACAGUUACAUCUGGCUUUGAAUUAAUUAAACAUUUACAAAAAUGGUCCACUACAAAAUUAAACAAUGAAACUCUACUAUCAACAAUCGAUGCUACAGACCUUUAUACAAUGAUUCCACAAACUGAAGGUGUAUUAACACUGAAACAAAUGUUAGAUCACCAUCAAUUGAAACAUAUCAACAAUUUAAAAGUAGAAGCAAUUAUUCGUCUAGCAAGAUUCGUUAUGCAAAAUAAUUACUUCUCAUACAACAAUCAAUUUUAUCAUCAAAUUCGAGGUGGAGCAAUGGGUUCUCCAUUAACCCUGACCAUUGCCAAUUGUUACAUGUUCUUCUUUGAACAAAAUAUUAUCAAACAAAUUACAAACAGUGGUGGUCUCUACUUCCGAUAUAUAGAUGAUAUAUUCAUCAUAAUCAAUUGGCCUUUACGACAUUUUCAAAAACAAAUCGAACGAUAG